AUGACAUGCGACACUGACGACUACAACGACCCUUACAAAAUCGAUAUAUACGUAAAGGAUGGAUACCAAACGGGCAAAUUCAAAGGGUUUUUCGAAAAAAGGCUCAAUGCACUCUUAGACGACGAGUAUUUUCUACUCCUCUACGUUCCUGAAGAUGGAGGGCGAAUGCAAGUUGUACGUCCUGCCAGUGAUUCGUACCAUCGAAAAUGCAUGAUCAAAAGAAUCAAUGAAACAAAACGAGGCGUUCCAUCAUUUUAUUACGCGUUGUCGCAUCUUUGGGGGCUUAAAAAAGACAACCGGUUCCUGUGGAAGGGUAUCAGAAAACAUGUGGAUGACGAAGAGGGGCGACCCAUGAAACCUAUUUCCAUGCGACCUGAGAAACGACAUACAUUGUUGUCAAUGCUCCGAGACCACCCUGACAGUUACUGGUGGAUUGACGUUUUAUGUGCACGUACCGAUACGCCAUUGGACAUCAUGGGAGAUAUUUAUGCGUGCUGCCUUCAAUGUAUCGCCAUGAUUGACUGCGAGCCUGCUCUGAUAUCAAACAUUCAUACAAAGUUGGAAGCGGUAGAGGAAAUCAAGAAAUUACUGAAGCGCAAAAGAAGACCAUACCUAACAAACAAGGAGUUGCAUCAAACCAAAGCUUCCCAACUCAUUGAUCUCUUGGAUACAUUCUUCCAAAGUGAAUGGUGGCAACGUGUAUGGACCUGGCAGGAGAUGGCUCUACCUUAUAGAAAUGUGAGCUUUAUGGCUGAAGCAGAGACUCGCCGGCUCCAUACAACCAACACAAUUACUACGGACGACUUAGAGGAAUUUGGAAGCAUAUUAAUAAGUCACAUUCUCUAUAUUAUGCGACAUAAGCUAGCACCCGAAUAUGUCGGGUUUGAGACAUCCGACGAAGUCUGUAACAGACUCAAUGACGUAUACGCUGCUAGAGCAUGCAACGCUUUUCGUAUCAUUAUGACCAGGAGUGAGACAUUGUAUUUUGUAAUUGGAUCAUUGGUAUCCUCCAAUCGACGAUGUUAUGAUCCAUGUGAUUAUGUUUAUGGAGUGCUGGGAGCGAUGCAGAUCAAAAUCCCAAGGAUGACCGAUCCCAAUGAUGUUUGGCGCCAUUUCUUGUCCAAGCUGGAUGAUUUAGCUCCACUUGACUCGCGAAGAUGGAUGGACUAUGCAGACGAAAUCGAUUUGGGAGAAGUUGAAAAUAUUGGUGUAGUAUACAACGAGUUGAUCCAAAUUGGUGAAGUAGGCAAAAAUGUAUUCCGAAUCAUGGAUGCAUACUUGAAUGAGAUUUCGUAG